GUUGAGCUCGGGCGUGGACGUCUCCAGCGCUGCUCUGGGUUCGGUGUCGGCUCCUUUUAAAGGUCACUGGUGGCUCUGUCACAGCUUCUGUCGCAUUUUGAUCUGCACUAAACGUGAGGGUCGUAGGAAGGACUCAAAGACACCCAGGAAACCUAGAAAUGGACUCAGUAUCCUUUGAGGAUGUGGCUGUGAACUUCAGUCUGGAGGAGUGGGCCUUACUGAAUCCUUCACAGAAGAAGCUCUACAGAGAUGUGAUGAUGGAAACCUUUAGGAACCUGGCCUCCAUAGGGGGAAAAUGGAGAGAUCCUGACAUUGAAGAUCAAUACAAAAAGCAGGGGAGAAAACUAAGAAGUCAUAUGAUAGAGAAACUCUGUGAAAGUAAAGAGGAUAGUCAAUGUGAAGGAAACUUCAACCUUAUUUCAAAUUUCAAUCUGAAGAAGAAACUUACUGGAGCAAAACCAUAUGAGCUCAGUUCAUGUGGAAAAGUCUUUGUGUAUCAUUCAUCUCUUGAUAGACUCAUUAGAUGUCACUCUGGACAAUGUGAAUAUCUGAAAUAUGGAAAGAAGCCAUAUAAAUGCAAGGUGUGUGGGAGAGCAUUUAGUUAUCUGCAGUGCUUCGAACAACAUGAAAUAAAUCACAAUAGAGAGAGAACCUAUAAAUGUAAGGAAUGUGGAAAAGUCUUCAUGUGCCUCAAAACCCUUCAAAAACACAUGGUAACACACACUACAGAUUCUCCUUAUAAAUGUAAGGAAUGUAGAAGAGUCUUCAGUUGUUCAAGUUCACUUCGAUUACAUGAAAGAACGCACACUGGAGAACAACCCUAUGAGUGUAAACAGUGUGGGAAAGCCUUCACUACUUCUAGUUCUCUUCGAAUGCAUGAAGUAACGCACAGUGUACAGAAACCCUAUGAAUGUAAGGAAUGUAGAAAAGCCUUCAGAUAUUAUCAAAGUUUUCAAACACAUGAAAGGACUCACACUGGAGAGAAACCCUAUGAAUGUAAAAAAUGUAGUAAAGCAUUUAGUUGUCUCAAUUAUCUUCGAAAACAUGAAAGAACUCACACUGUAGAAAAACCCUAUGAAUGUAAAAUAUGUCAUAAAGCAUUCAGGUAUCCCAGUUAUCUUCAAGUACAUGAAAGAACUCACACUGAAGAGAAACCCUAUGAAUGUAAAAUAUGUAGUAAAGCAUUCACCUGUCUCAGUUACCUUCGAAAACAUAAAAGAACUCAUACUGGAGAGAAACCAUAUGGAUGUAAGGACUGUGGAAAAGCCUUCAGAUGUUAUCAAAGUCUUCAAACACAUGAAAGAAGUCACACUGGAGAGAAACCCUAUCAAUGUAAAAUAUGUAUUAAAGCAUUUAGGUGUCUCAGUGAUCUUCGAAGACAUGAAAGAACUCACACUGCAGAGAAACCCUAUGAAUGUAAAAUAUGUAGUAAAGCAUUUAGAUGCCCUAGUUAUCUUCAAAUUCAUGAAAGAAAUCACACAGGAGAGAAACCCUAUGAAUGUAAAACAUGUAGUAAAACAUUCAGGUAUCCUAGUUAUCUUCAAAUACAUGAAAGAACUCAUACUACAGAGAAACCCUAUGAAUGUAAAAUAUGUAGUAAAACAUUUAGAUGUCCCAGUUAUCUUCGAACACAUGAAAGAACUCACACUGGAGAGAAACCUUAUGUGUGUAAAAUAUGUAGUAAAGCAUUCAGGUAUCUCAGUUACCUUCUAAUCCAUGAAAGAACUCACACUGGAGAGAAACCCUAUGAAUGUAAGGAGUGUGGAAAAGCCUUCAGUUACCACACAAACUUCCGAAGACACCUAACAGUGCACACUGUAGAGAAACCAUAUACAAGUAUAGAAUGUGGGAGGGGCUUCAGUCUUUCCCAUUCCUUUCAAACACACAAAAGGGAUCACUGGAUAAAACCUCUUGAAUGUAAACAGCAUGGAAAAGACUUGAACUGGCUCUCACCCUUACAUGUGAAAUCUCCCAUGGAAGAGAAAUAAACAUGAGUAUCUGGAAGACCUUUAUUUCAGUGAUCCACACAGCCCCACAGCCCAUUUUGCUAUUUACAGGAUUCAUUUUUGUGUACUCAGACCAGCAAUUUCUAUAAGGCUGGAAAAUACAGUUAACAGCUUCAAGUUCUACUAAACAACAAGGGAAAUAUUUUUCAUAUUUUUAGAGUUAAAUAACAUCAUGUGGAGGGGUUUUGUUCAGAUCAGCACCACAAGGGUGCUAUCCUGAGCUGAAGGCAUACUUUCCAUCACUUGAUGGCGACAUCACCAUACAUUAGUGAAAGUAUACAUACACAUACACACACACACACGAGUAACACUGGCUUUCAUAUCCUGGGAGAAUGUGAAGCCCUCUCAAACCCUGAUUUUUUUUUUAAAGAUUUUAUUUCUUUCCAGACAGAUGGGAAGGGAGGGAGAAAGAGAGGGAGAGAAUCAUCAGUGUGUGGUUGCUUCUCAUGCACCCCCCACUGGGGACCUCCCUGCAACCCAGGCAUGUGCCCUGACUGGGAAUCGAACCAGUGACUCCCUAGUUCACAGGCUGGUGCUCAAUCCACUGAGCCACACCAGCCAGGGUGAACCUUGAUUUUGUGUGUUCACUUCUUUCCACAGCCGUGGGAUCCUUCUGAGAAAAAUUAAAGGUCUGUGAGGAAGAUUUAGUCCCUGCUGGGUCUUCCUUGCAGCCCUGUCUUAAAUGAGAAAAACACCCUCUAGGGUUACACUGCCCUCAUCUCAGGAACAUAACCAGGAGUGAAGUGACAGGGCUCCCAGAACCUGUCCCAGAGUUUAAACCAGGCUCCUUGGACAGAUCUCUUGAGUGUACUGUGGUCCUGAAGCAUAAAGGCGCAUCCCAUAUGGUCUCUGCCUGGGGACACGUCCUUAGUCACAGGCACCAGCAUCAUUUCCUUCCAUCGCCCCCACAGACCAUCUCUGGCUCUUUGUUUUCAACUCAAGCCUACUUGUGACUGCUCACUUGGAAACAUCAGAAAUCCAUGCAUAUCCCACUCUAGAAAAUUUCUCUGAGCUGGGGAAUUAAUGGAGAGAAUGACAGAGGCAGUUGGCAGAACCUGUGUCAUAGGCCCAUUCUACUACCUGCAGUGUCCGCAGCGAUUGCCUGUUUAUGAGAUCUGCUUGCUUACUUUCACAUGAUACUUUAAAACUUACUGAUGUUGAAUGGGCAAACCAGACACUGAAGAACUGUCCAAGGACCAGUGACUCCCUUAUCAUCUCCCUACUCUCCUUAAUAGAGAGGUGUCAGCUUACUAUGAUGCACCCAAGGGUCUCUAAACCACCCGUGGCAAAUGAAACUACCCAAGGCAUUCUGGCACCAAAAACCAUUUUACUCAGCUGGUGCUGCCCACAGUUAGAAAAGUGCUGCUGGCAUCUGGCGGGUCUUUGUGAGUGGAGCCCUGAUUUCAGGGCCUGAGGUGAUGACUCUCCACAGCCAACUUUCCCUCCUGUGCUGGGUCCUGAAUGCUGGGUCCUCAGGCUUGCUAACCAGAGGCUCCUCAUUGAAAAUGUAAUGAUACUUGCAGGACAGAGCAAACACUGGCCCCUCUGGGAUAUCCAACUUAUAGGAGGAAUUGUGUUCCCAUCACAAUGAUGAUAUCUGUUACAGAGGAGCCAUGUCUUUAGAUACAGGGGCCACUUUGUCCCUUGGAAUCACAUGAGUAACCGCAGAGUUCAUGUACUUUAGAGAGAGGGUGCUGCCACCAUGUCUGAUGGAGCCCUCUGCAGAGAUGCUGUGUUCCGUCCCUCAUCCGGCCAUCCCUGAUCCAAGAUUGGACCCAAGCAUCAGAUCCAUUAGUCAAACUGCACAAUUAGUCAAUUGUGCUACCAGUAGAGAAUUCCCUGGUCAAGAAUCAAACCCAUCUGAACAUUUUACAAGUUUGUUUGGUUUUUUUUCUUCUUGCUCUUGCAGUGACCUAUCUGUAUGGCUCCACGUACAGCAACAACUCAUUAUCCAAGGUCUCCCCCUAUGGCAUAGAAAACUUUGAGAAUAACUUACAGUACCCAAGUACAAAUCAAGGCCACCCCAACUUUCCACAUUUCCAAUCAACUUUCCUUGAUUUCCAAAUCAAGGCCACCCCAACCUUAAACUGCAGAGUCUCAUUUCAUUGCUCAAGGUAAUAAGUUGAUUCAAAUUGCUUACUACAUAUUUGUUCUGCUGGUAUUAACUUAGGAGCCCACAUGAUUUGUAACAGGCCGGUAACCUAAACAUUCCACAAACUUCAAGAGACUUCCCUCUCCUGCCAUGAACUUUGUAAAUACUUUGUUUAAGACAUUAGAUUUAAUUCCCAAUCUUUGGGACCAAUUAUAUUUAUCUGAUUAUCGGGCUUACUGGCCCCUAAUAAGCAGAAGCCUUUCUACACUAGACAUUUCUGUCAGAAUGGUCUCUCCCACGGUCUGUGGUUUAUUGCAGUAGCACAGCCGAGCCACCACCCUUACCUCUUCACUUCUGGGCCUGCCAUGUAACAUCACCUGGACAGCCCGUGCACCCUGCAUGUCAGUGUUGCAUUUUGGGCGUCCUCCUUUGAACCCCUCGGGGCCGUCCAACACAAAUGUGCUUGCUGUUUUCCUACGAUGCACUCAUUCAGUCAGUGGCCUGUCAGUCACUGGGGCUGACCUGGGCACAUCAGUAAUGCCAAUCAAGAAAUGUGUAGAGCACUCAAAAUACAUGAAGCAAUCACUUAAUGCUUCAGCUGAUAUACUUGAAGGACAACUCUUUGCAGACAUGGUAUGACCAGUUGGCUUAGAACUACUUAUCAGCUAGAGAGAGUUCUGUCCCCCUAAAGGGUUACUUGAUGCAUGUGGAUAAAAUGCACUGGCAAGGCUUCGCCCAUAACACAACAAAUGAGACAACAUGUUAAAAUAAACAAUAACAUUACUAAAAUAUUUGAACAGAUUUUGGAACCAUAAUGACACUUUCCUGGAUCUCUCCAACACCUGGGAUGACUAGAUUAGAAUACCUUUUUGAAGAUUUGUCUUAUUAAUUAUAAUAUACUGCUUGCGCUUUCCACAUUAUUUUUUACUUGAGAUUCAAGUUUUAACUAAUGUCAAUGAGAUUUGGCAUCACUCAUUCAGGAAUGAAAAAAAACCCUCAGGAAUGAAUGUUAAUAAAGACACUGCCCUCAUUUUAAAUACUUGACUCCUAACAGGCUUCAGAUACCAGCUCACCCUGCCUGGCCCACAUGGGUAAACGAGUUAUGAAGGUUGACACCUGCCCCUUUUCCUUUUGUGUCAGCAGGUAGGAGGAUCAACCUUCAAACCUGCAACCUCUAUCGCUACACACAUUAAAAAGCCAACCCAUUCUUUUCUGCACAAGCCACCAGGAGCAACUUACCCUUGCUUAUUCUCCUUAGAAAGUACCUUUGAUUUAUAAACAUUUUUCCUUUAACUUGAUGCACAUGGUUACAUCAGUCCUCACAUCAGAUUCUACUUAGGGUAGGGUGUUAAUUCUGCCCACAAAAAAAAACCUAUGAUAAAACAAAAGGUAACCUAUCAAAAUAUGUCUUGCUUGACAAAUACAUGUUCAGAGUAGGGAAUUGUCAUAAGAUGAGAUAAGAUCCAAAUGCAGAGAUCCCAGAAUCAUAACCAAACCCAGGCUCAGCUGUCUGCUGCAAUGAAAGCCAAACUCGUGAGACAGGUACCGAUGGAAAAGGAAGGAGGUUUAUUCAGGUGCUGGUGACCCAAAAAGAUGGAGGGUCUCUCAUCCCAAAGACCAUCUUAACAGUUCUCGCCAAACCAGCAAAUUUUAUAGGGCUAAAAGCGGGGGAGUAAAGACUGUCGUCGGGCAGGACAUGUAGGACCUGCAGAACGUGUAGGAUGUCUUUCUUAGGCCUUGACAUGGAUCUUCACUGCCAGCAUCCUUAGUUGGCCAUCUGGUUUUUGUCAGCUGAAUUCCUGUGACUGUGCGGUCCACAUUAGCUGGGACCUUGAGGUCAGGCUGCCUCCUACACUAUUAUGGUUUUGCUGGAAAGAGCACUUCUGCGUAUCAUCAUCUUAGUCUGCAGCCUAUGUGCACCAAAAGUUGGCUGGAAGCAGCCCUGAGAAAUGCAUGAGGUCAGCACUACUGUGGUCUAAGUUGUCAUGCUUUUAUCCUCGUGCCUGAGCUCUAAAUUCCCAGUGGUUUUCUAGACCGUAAUCAGACACAGAGAGAAAGGAAUAAUUGAGACUGUGACAAAUUUCAAAGUAAAAAGCAGAGCUUCCCCACAAAAAUAUUUUUAUUCCGUCAGCUGCCUCUGAUUAGAAGCAUACCUCAGAGAUGUUACAGGUUUGGUUCCAGACCAUCGGAUAAAGUGAAUGUCUCCAUGAAGAAAGUGACAAGAAUUUUCUGGUUUCCUGGUGUAUAAACAAGUUCUGUUUACACUGCUGCAGCCUGUUAAGUGUGAAAUACCAUUUUGUCUAAAAGAUUAGUGUGUAUGUAUUAUUUGAGCCUUCAGUGAGUCACAAACUUACUGCUGGUGGAGACCCUUGUAUCUGUACUGAUGAAAAUGCAUUAUCUGCCAAGCACAAUAAAGUGAAGCUCAGUAAAAUGAGGUAUAUCUCUACUUCUAAUGGCCUGGAGGACUCCAGGGCAAUAUGGCCAGCUAAGCUUCGUUCCAAGUUGGCUUUCCACAGGCCUCAUGCGCUGUUUGUAUUUGGGGAUGGGAAUAGAAGAAAAGACUUCUAAUUUUUCACUGUUUUAAGUCACAGAAACCUCACAUAGAUGUUACUGCCUGUUUAAUGAAGUGAUAAAAAUGGUGGGUAAUAAGGAGAUGAAAGAAUUUUU